AGCACGGCUGCUGUAUGAGAGUCGGAAGAGGGGGAUGCUGGAGAACUGCAUCCUGCUCAGCCUCUUUGCGAAGGAGAACCUGAACCGCAUGAGCGAGCAGCAGCUGAACCUCUAUGACCGGCUCAUCAACGAGCCCAGCAACGACUGGGACAUCUACUACUGGGCCACAGAAGCAAAGCCCACGCCAGCUGAGUUUGAGAACGAUGUGAUGACCAUGCUGAGGGAGUUUGCCAAGAACAAGAAGAGGGAGCAGAGGCUGCGGCAGCCGGACCUGGAGUACCUCUUUGAGCCACCACGCUGA